CAUUUCCACACAGCGAUGCCCGAUCCCUGCGCCAGUGCCCUUGCCGACGCCAUGCCGCCGGCGCCGCCGACGCCACGCCGCCGGCCGCCCUUGCCGCCGCCGCCGGCCCGCCCGCCCCCGGUCCGCCUCCUCCCCGGAUCCGCCGCUGGCGCCUACUUCUUGCUGGCCGCGGGCGCGAGGAGGCGGCCGCGGUGCGCGUCCUCCACGCCGACGCCGCAGCUCCGCGACGUCAUUUGGCGGCGGGUAGUCGUCAGGAUCCCCAAGUGGAAGGCAGAGAUCCAAGUAGGCGCCCUGGAGGAGGAAGGGAAUCGUCACCCUGAUGUGCUUCGCUGUAGAUGCAGGAUUGUCUAGUUUAAUUUUUAGUUCAUCAAGACUCUGGUCAUGUUCUAAGGCUGGGUUUAAUUUUUAUGUAAUGUGAGGAUAAUCAUAUGUUGCCAGUACCAUGCACCAGUUACCCAAGCCAAUGUAAUUCUGUGUGAAUCGUGUUCAGUUCUGUGAAUCAUGUUCAGUUCUGUGAAUUUUGUUCAGUUCUGUUCCGACCAGUUAGUUUAAAAAAAUCAUGGAUUAUCAGUUCUGAA